GGAUUGUCACGCCCAGCCUGUUGAGCAGGUAGAGCAGGUGCAGUAAGCAGACAGGUUAAACUGAGAGAAAGAGCAGGUGAAAACAUUGCUUCACGGUGGGAGAAUUACUUGGGAUGACCAACAAAUGACCAGCAGCUGUCUAUACUGCUAAUUCACUCCUUUCCCCGUCAAGAUGAAGAUCGCGUAUGUGUUGCUCUUGCUGAGUUUUGGUGUCAUGUCUGUCGUGCUUUUCCAGGCCGGACGCCAGGAGAUGAGACUGAUUAAUUUAAAAGCCCGCAUGGUGGAAAGCGCGUCGCUGACAACGAGGGAAGAGCAGUCCAUCAUCGGACUGAAAACCGAAGUCGAGCAGUUGAAGAAAACGGUGAUUUCAAUGAACAACAACAUAAUAAUUCUCAAGAAGAAGAAGCAAGGCACUGAACAAUUAACACAGGGCCUCAAUAAAGGUGUGCAGACCUGUAACAGUGAGAAGGUAGGAAGCGGGAAUAAGAAGACGGAAACGGAAGCUGCUAUGGAAACCCUCAAAGCGGGUAAUGAAGAGGCUAAAAAGAAGGCAGAAGUGGAAAUUCAGACCUUGAAACAACAGAUUUUGGACAGAGACAAAGCUAUUUGUGCCUUUGCAGAUACAACCAAAGACGAAGCAAGGACGCUGUGUGGAUUGCCUAAAGCUGUAAAAUGAAGUUGUCUCAGAAACCCUAAAUCAAACCUUAAACUGACGUCUUUAAAAAAGGAAGCUUGCCACGUAAACCAGAAUAGACUCUGUAAUAUUUCUACAGCUCUGUUCAGUUUCUUAUGAGAAAAUAAAAACUGUAGAUUUAGGAAAACGACAAAAAAAUAUGUACAUUCAUUCAUUGUACAAACGGCACCGACAUGGGGAGUGGGUAACAUUGGCCUCGUGGUUUUCAGCAUUUUUAUAAUAUCAUUGUGUUAAUUAGAUCCAAUCAUGUCUAUUGUCUCUGUUAAAGCCUUUGAUGCUUAUGAUUACAUUUGCUACAAAUAAAUGGUUUUCACAAUCAAAUAGA